AUCCUCACACGUGCCGAAUUCGGCAAAUUUGUAUUUUUCGCCGUCCACAUCAGACGAUGCGGCCUGGGUUGCCCACCGACGUUGUCGAGCUCACAGCCGCGACAAUACAAGCCGCUCGCGUAAGUACCUUGACCCUCUCCCUCCCCCUCCUCCUCCCCCUCCAGCAGCCGCCUUCCACACACCCGAGCGGGCAGUGACCCGGGGUCCGCCUAAUUUCCAAGAAUUCGCAUGGGUAUUUCGAUCCCUCGCCGCGACGUCACGGAUGAUGCGAUUCGUGACCCUCGGCAAUGGCCAGGACAUUCGGAUUGUUCGAUUUCCUUCUUCCACCAUCGUGCGAGCGCGGGAGGGCGCGCACCCGCCCUCAUCUUUCCUCGUCGAACUGGAAGCUGCUGGGCGUCCUCACCUCGCCGGCGAAAGCGUGGAUCACGAAGCUCAUCACAAUUCAAUGCACAUCACAUGCUUGGCCCCGUCCGAAGCGCGCCCAUACGCUCGCUGAAUUAUAUCGCUGCUUUCUAAUCUGCGGGAGGUGCGUUUUUCGCCCGCGAGCCAUUACUCCCAGAGAUGCGCCCUCCUUCUCGUCCCCCAAUAAUUCCUUUGUUUGUCCCCGACGGCCUUGCGCACACAAGGCUCAACAACGGUUGACGCGCGCGCGUACCUGCAUCCCCCCAUUCAGGGCCACAGACGUCAGCCGUCGAUCCGCUGCCUCAUGGGUGCUCUCGGGGCGGACAGAAGGGCGAAAUUGCCCGAGCGUGGUGGCGGGGGAUGCCAAUCGAUGAUGACGCCAGGCCAGCACCUGGUGCCUAUCUGCCUACCUGGCAGCAGCACGCCCUGCUCGAAGCCUUCGGGCAAGUUCCAACCCUCGGCGCGCUGUCAGUCGCCGAAAUGAAACAGGGCGCGGAACUGAAGGUUCCUCGUGGACGCUAUCGCGAGGCCGGCGGAGGAGGCAAUAGUUCAGGCUGCAUAAUUGACGGAGGUGCGUCUGCGAGGCGGGAAAGUCGAUGGACUUCGGUCAAAAGGAAACGUUGCGC